GUGAGAGUGGCCUAUUCUUUUCUCCUUCUUGAUUUAUAUCGAAGCCGAGGCAGACCGCCAGUGUCCGCGGAAAUUUGUGCCCCAACUCCACUGAGCCAAGUGUUUCACCAUUUCUCAGCUACCGGCGCGAUAGCAUUUUUCUCGUACUAACGAGGCUAUUGUGGCGGGAAGCAAUGCUACCUUCUCAAGUGAACUAGCGCCAGGGCCCGGAAGGGAAACUCAGUAGUAAAGAUCUGCACUCGUGACAGAGUUACAGUGGCUCCGGCAAUACCACCUUAUCAUUUUAGGAUGGAUUCUGGGGGAAAUCACUUGCCUCUUCGGGCAAGCCAUGAAAGCAAAAAAACGCGGGGUUGUGAUGAGUGCUCCAAGUGGCGAUAAGCUGGCUGGACAAGCAAAUGGCUGGUUUCCCUCAAUUAUUUAAAGGCUGUGAUUGUCCCAGUAUGUUUGUUGUCAUGAUACUCUCAUACCGAUUCGCUCUUCCACCAUCCCUUUUACUCACCCCUCUCUCCAAUACACAUCCAUUAUCAUCAUCAUGGUUAAGGCUGCCCUCAUCACUGCCCUUGCGGCCCAGGCUACUGCCUUCACUAUCGGCCAGCGUGGCUCCGAUAUUGUCGGUGGCCAGGACACUGACAUCAAGUCUGUCCCCUACCAGGUCCAAUUCUUCCCUGGCGAAUACCUCUGUGGUGGAACCAUUCUCAACGAGAACACCAUCCUCACUGCUGGCCACUGUGUCGAGGGCGUCAAGACUUCGGACAUGUCCGUCAGAGCUGGCAGCAGCACCCUCAACUCAGGCACCGCCUACAAGGUGUCCAAGGUCUACUCGCACCCCCAGUUCACCGAUUCCGGUGUCCUCGACUACGACGUCGCCAUUCUCAAGCUCUCCACGCCCCUGAAGUUUGGCACCAACGUCAAGGCUAUCGGCGGCCUUGUCGACAAGGAGCCCGCAGUCGGCUCCAUUGGUCUCGCCUCUGGCUGGGGCCUCAAGCAGGAGAACGUCCGUCCUCCUCCCUCGCAGCUCCAGUCUGUCGAGAUCCCCGUCAUCUCGCGCGACGACUGCGCUACCUUGUACGAGAAGUACAACGACACCAUUACUGAUCGUAUGAUCUGCGCCGCCUACCCCGACGGCGGAAAGGACUCUUGCAGCGGCGACUCUGGAGGUCCUUUUGUCAUCAACAACAAGCUUGCUGGUGUUGUCUCUUGGGGUGAGGGCUGUGCCCGUGCUGAUGCUCCUGGCGUCUACGCCAACGUUGCUCUGCCUACCCUGCACGACUUUAUCACCUCGCACAUGUAAAUGUACGGCGAGGCAAAAAACAAAAUGACG